UUCGCCCAGACACAGGGCAGUUGCUUUCCGAAGCUUCGCCGUUUAGGAUCGCGUCGUCGUCGUCGUUUGAAGAUCGUUUGCGUCGUCCGGUCGGGUCGGAUCCUCGCCGUGUGUUUGGAAGAGAGUUCGCGGCGGCAGAAAUUGCGGAAGAUCUUGGGCCGGCAGCGGAGGAGGGUCUUGAGCAAAAAGGAUCAGGUUUCAACGGGCUGCGAUCGGCAGAUGGUGAAAACAAAACUGUCGACUGUCUCUCACUGUGUUCGGGCGGAAUUUAGCGCUGCUCGUUUGUGUUUGUGCUGCUGUUGUUGGGCAGUUUGGGGACCCCUCCCCCCUGUUCUUCUCAAAUGGGUCACUUUGUAACCCCUAGGCUAACCUAACCUAGCUCGCGUCAGAGCCUGCCUUGUUCGGCUGGGGAGUUCGGGAUCGAGCGCGCGCGCCCGGAUUCUUCGCGAGUUCUUCGGGUUGCUGCGAUGUUUGUGUGAGUGUUCUUGUGCGUUGCAGUUGGUGUAAACAACCACUACCACUACCGAUGCGGGGUGGUCAAUAAAGCGCAACAAACGGUCGUAAAAAGAGCAAAAGGGCUAGGCUGUUGGUGCGUUGGUCAUCUGGAAUAGGUUGGAACAGGGGAAGGGUAUACAGGGCUGCAGGCCAGUAGCGACCGAAUGCUAAUUGGUACUAAAUGCGUGGUUCAGCUGGUUAGCACUUGUGAAGAGAGUCUCCGCGGGUGCCCUCGGGGAGAAAGCUGGAACUCUUCGGAAAGGGAUUUUACUCGUGAACUUGAGCUAGUUGAAGGGUGUCCCAAAUUUGGCGUGAUCGCACAACAGUUGGUCACGAUCGGUUAGCAGCUGUUGCGCAGUUUUCGGAUGUUGAGAAUCUCAAAAAAGUAAAAUAAAAUAAAAAUUUUGAGACCUCACAAUGAAGGAACUAAACGCGAGUUAAAAAGGGUAAAAGUUGGUGUUUGACAAGAGUUCAAAAAGGAGCGAUCGCGAGUGAGUGUGUCGGCAAGAUCAACAAGAAGAAUCGGCUUAGCGAAACGCAAGAGAAAAAAAAGGUAAACUCGCGAAUAGGCUCUGGAGCGAGUAAGUACAAAAAACAACAUCGGAGCAGGCUUCGUCGCGAUCGUGUCGAUCCUUCUUCUAAUAAUACAGAAGCAGGCGCACAGCAGCCCAUCGGCAAGAUCGACUAGCCGAAGAAGAGACGGGAAGGGAAGAGAGCAAGAAGAGAAUGGAAAUUCUGCGGCGGUGCUGCUGAAAGUGCACCACACAACCACAACACACUGACUGGUUGUUGCUGAAAGGAGAGCGGAAAAGAGAUAGAGGUCCGUUGCCAGUCACUUAAUCCAAUGUUCGCCCUCUAAAUCGUAAAUCGAACCAUAGUCGUCCCGAUGAAGAAGUCAAAGCAGCACCGUAAACAGCAGCAGAAAAACCAAUCCGUCCACUUCCAAACCCCGCCCCAUCCGGGACCGCCACCACAGCUACAGCCUCACCACAAUGCCGUCCCACUCUGCUGCCAACAGGCCGCCGCCUGCCCUGGCUGCUACCCUCAUCCAGUGUACCCGACAACGCCCGGACCGUGCUCCUGCCAGCCUCAGCAAAUCUACCAGAAUGCCUCCUCCCUCCAAGGUCUACCCAUCACCAAACCGACCAACAUCGUGGCCACCAUGGAGCGCUUCGAGCCAACGACGUCCAAAAUGGCGGGUCACCACCAGGACUAUUCGUACGCGUACUACGAACCUGGAGUGGCGCUCCGUCAUUCCAAUGUGCCCUCGUACAUCUUCGACCCGAGUGGUGCCAGUUCCUCGGCGCAACCCGGUCCGUCCUGUUCCCCGCGAACUCCGCCGAACGCUCCGGCCAGUGCCAGCUCGAUGCGCACGCUGAUGGCGCUCGGGAGUAGCAACAGCCGGAACCGGCUGUACGGCCGGCGUAGCGCUGGAAGCGUCGCCCGGUUUCCCGGAUCUCCGUGUGAAAACAUCUACGAAGAGAUCAUCCACGAAGAGUGCGAGCAGCCGGGGCCGUCGCAGUCGUCGACGCCCAGCGGCCGGCUGUCGAUGCUUUCGCUCAACCAGAGUGUCCUCGUGGAGGAGGAGUUCCGGCAGGUGCAGCAGUGCCACCGAAAGGUGCUGGGCGAGUUGAACCUGUCGGUGGAGGCGAUGCUGAUGCCGGCCGGGGGAGGCAGUCCCGCGAGGGAGGACGACAGCGGCUACGGGCGGCGCAGGUCGUACACGUCCGGCGGCGGUGGCACCGAUUUGGACUCGGGCUUUUCCGGCAGCAGCGGCGGCACCAGCUACAUCGGGAACCUGCGGGCGCGCAAGACCGAGGCUCGGAUGUUGCAGCAGCAGCAGAAAGCGCACCAUCAGUCGAUGGUGCUGUUCGAGGGGUUCAACUCGGGGCCGGAAGAUACGCGCAGUGUUGCGAGUUGCGCGUCGAUGGAUCGACCCGCGGGGAAGGGCAUUUGCAAGGGGAAGAACUUGAGCAAACUGUUGAGCGGAAGUACGCGAUCGCUGAAGAAAAUGCUGGACGGAGGUGGUGGUGAAUCGGGCAGGAAGAAUAGUGGAGGAACUCACUCAACGCCCAGCUCGCCGACAUUCGUCAAGUCGGCCAAGGCUGGGUUCUGGUCGAAGAAGAGCUGGACCAAGAAGCUGUCAUCGAGUGGAGCUCUGCAUCUUAGUUUUGAAGAUGACCCAAAGCCGUACCCGACGGCGGACACUUCGUGGGACGACUGCCGUGGUGGUGGUGGUGGCCUGCUGGCAGAGAUCCCCCCAACGUCGACCGUUCCGGUUCACCAGCGGCAGCUGAGCGCUCCGGAAGCUACCGAUUACUUCCUCAGCGACAAGUUGAUCCCGUACCCCAAGGGUCAAGAGCAACCCCAGCGCAACACCAAGCUCGAGUACAAACCGUCCACGCGCACCGUCAGCUCCGAGGACAGCUGCUACUCCGAGGAGCGGUACAUUUCGUCCUCCUCGGAAGACGACGAGGACGAGGACGAGCUCGACCUGGACGAGAACGACAUCCGGGAGGAGUACCUGCGGCACCACAAUCGCGCAGCUCAACGCCAGAAGCAGCAACCAAAGAGCGGAGGAGGAGGAGGACUGCUAAAGUCCGCCAGUUCGGUCGAGGUCAUCGGAAGUGCGCUCGAGUCGACGGCGAGUGAUCGACGGCGGAGCAUCACCCAGCUGCAAAACACCCUCAACAAGGCCAAGUACCACCUGUCGUUUGAUAAAUGGAAGAGUCACCACGGGGGCAGCGGCAAUCAGCAGCAGCAGCAGCAACAGCACCAUCAGCUUCUGCACAGAACGUCUCUUCCGGCUACGGUCGCUGGUGGAGGCGCUGGCGGUAAUGUCCUGACCGCGUCCGAUCUCGUCAACAAUAACAGCAACAACAGCAGGAAUUCGAUUCACGCACCCACAAUGUCCAGCACAACGUCCUCUCCGGCGCAUCCUGCCGUCGCCGCGGCGACCUCUUGCGGGCUCGUCACCUCGACAACGCUCGGCAUGAGCCCCGGCUCGUCCGCCACCAGCCCUCCGUCGGCCGGGUCGUCCCCGUCGAUCGCCUCGUCCGAGCCGUUUUCCCGCCUGUCGCGCUGGUUCUCGAUCCGCCGUGGCUCCAUGAACCAGUACGACGUCAAGGGAAGCAGCGGCGGCUCGACCGGUUCGGCGGUGACGACGGGUUUGGGUGGCAAGGAGAACCGCCGGAACAGCAUCGACCACGUGGACUCGACCAACGGGGGGUACGGAAGUGCUGCCAAGUUUGACGGUGGCAAGCUGGCCAUGGGUAAGGUGCUGGAAGCGGAGGAGGAUCCGCUGCAGCUGGCGCUGGAAAGUUUCGCGAUGACUCGGGGACCGGGAGUGGCGGCGGAGAGGAGACACGUUCCGGUGGCGCUGCCACCGGCUCCGACCGGGCUGUCUCAGCAGGAGCUCAAGCGGAGGUUGAUCGUGGCCGCGAUCGUGCACAGCGAGAACUCGUACGUGGCCUCGCUGCAGCGGCUAGUUAAUGAGUACAAACGACCCCUCGAGGAGAGCAGUCCGCCCAUCCUGAACCCGUCCAAAACCGCAACCCUGUUCCACCGACUGCCGGAGAUUCUCCAACUGCACACCCUGUUCCGGAUAUCGCUCGCCGAUUACAUCCAGAGCUGGGACACGGAAGAGAAGAUCGGCGACGUGUUCGUCGCGACCUUCAGCAAAUCGCUCGUCCUCGAGGUGUACAGUGGUUUCAUCAACAACUUCUCCAUCGCCAUGGACCUGGCCAAGGUGGAAGCGAAGCGCAAAUCCGCCCUGUCGGACUUCUUCAAGGUCAAACAGAUCAGCGCCCACGACCGACUCUCGUUCUUCGGCCUAAUGGUGAAACCCGUCCAGCGGUUUCCCCAGUUCAUCCUCUUCCUCCAAGAUCUGCUCAAAUACACGCCCCAAGGUCACCACGACCGGAUGUCCCUCCAGCUGGCCCUAACCCAGCUGGAAUCCCUCGCCGAGAUGCUCAACGAACGAAAGCGCGAAGCCGAGCAGUUCCAGGCGUUCAAGGAAAUGCUCGAAAACAUCAGUGGCACGUUCAACAUCCGGUCGCUGGUGUCGGGCGGCGGCGCCGACAACACCAUCAACAGCACCAACACGCGGUACCUGCUCCGGGAGGACAACGUCACCCAGCUCGAGUUCAACCAGUCCGGUUUCAUAGUGAAGAGCAAACGGCGACUGCUGCUGCUCAACGACAAGGUGCUGUGCGUUUCGGUGGCCCCCAAGCAGAGCCACGAGUUUGGCUCGUCCGAGAAGCUCACCUUCAAGUGGAUGCACCCGGUGCAGGACGUCGAGAUUGUGGACAACAACCAGUCGAUCACGCUGUCGCGGAUAUUGACCGCUGGCAUGAAGCGCGGCAACAGUCUCAAGUCCAACUCGAGCUUCGACUCGCCCCACAUCGGUCCCGGUGGCCUUCCCGGCGCCUCCACCACCUGCAACUCCACCAUGAACAGCUCGUUCGGUGGCGCGACACUGCCCGGCGCCGCCGGCUCCGACGCGGACAACCUGUGCGGCGAGAUGAAUAACCUGAUGCACGACUACGAGGUCAUGUCGCGCAUCAACGAUCUAGUGGGCACGCUCAAGGGCACGUACCGGGAGAUCAACCUGGGCGUCACCAAGUCCAUCCUGGCGGACAUUCAGGCGUCGAUACAGCGAAAGGACGAAGAAAUUUCCUGGGUGGACUCGUGCUGCCUGCAGCUGGUGCUCAAGAACGCCGCCAAGGGCGGCAAGGAGGACGUCACGUACACAUUCCAGAUCGAGAACCCGGUCGUCAAGAAGGACUGGAUUACGGAGCUGCGGCUGGCGCAGCUCGCGCUCGAUCCGAACAACUCGCCGGCGUGGCAGAUCGGUGCCGAGCACGAGCAGCGCUACUCGCUCGCCAAGAUGCCCCUGUUCGUGAAGGCCUAUCCGGCGUACAAGUCGCAGCAUCAAACCGAGGUCUGCUGCGGUUGUUACUUCUCGUCGAACCUGGCAUCGGGCAUGGCGGCGGCGGCCGCUCGGCACGGUCCCCGGCCCUCCUCGCGGAAGCGCUCCAAGCACUCGAACACGCUGUGGAUCUGCUCGAGCGACAAGAUCAACAGCCAUCUGACGAUUUUGGCGCACAACUCGGCCCAGCAUCAGAGCAAUGGGGGAUUCGGGGAGGUGGCGCGGUUCAGCUUGGCGGAGACCAUUGUGACGUGUAUGGAGUACGUGAAAGAGGGCGGGUUGAUGAGCGGGGACGAUGUGGGCGCGGAUAGCGUGUGGAUGGGGACGAACAACCACCGGGUGUUGGUGUACUCGGCGAGCUAUCCGAUUAAUGAUGAGCAGCUGGUGAACUUGUCGCUGCCGGGGGUUCCUAGUCAGAUAUUGUACUUUAACGAGCGGGUGUUUGUGGGCAUGACGAACGGGAGCGUGCUGGUGUUUGGGAAGACGGCGCUGGGGAUUUGGAGCUUGAACAGUCCGAAGAUUUUGGCGGUGCAGAGCGAGCCGAUCAGCAGUUUGCUGGCGAUAAAUGCGAGUGUUUACUUUGCGGCGGGGAAGCACGUUCAUGUGAUAAACGGGCGGAGUUGCGAGGUGGAGAAGAGUUUCCACGUGAAGCACACGACGGUGGGGAAUGUGAGUGCGAGUGUGAAUUUGCUGGCGCAUUCCGGGAUCGGGUUGUGGAUCUCGCUGAAGAAUUCGAGCAUUAUCUGUCUGUACCACACGGAGACGUUCAAGCACCUGCAGGACAUCAACAUUGCGUCGAACGUGCUGCGGGUGACGUCGUCGCACCAGAACCCGUCGCGCGAGUCCAGCUCGACGGCGAUCCAGGUGACGGCGCUGAUGGCCGCGAAGGGAAUGCUGUGGGUGGGUACGAACGUGGGAAUUACGUUGACGAUCCCGCUGCCACGGUUGGAGGGCGUUCCGAUCAUUAGCGGAGUGAACAUUUCGUACCACGCGCAUCUUGGGCCGGUGACGUUCCUGUUGCCGCUGGUGACGCGGUCGUACCAUGCGUUGGCGCCGGAGUCGGCGGUGAAGGCCGCUGGGGAUGUUUUGGAUGGAAAAGGUGUGGUUGAGGCGAAGGAAACUGUGGAGAAGAGCGCGGAAGAUGCGGAGAAGGGUAAGGAGGUCACUGCGAGUGCGCUGAAGCAACAAAUUUGCUCUAGUCCGGUGAUUCUCCGGCGGAAGAAACCCGCUCCGAUGGACGCUGGGCGGAUGGCAAAGACGUUGCCGCGAAAUCUGCGAACCAGCAGCGGUGCCUUCUCUCCGUCGAUCCACUCGACGCUGUCCUCUUCGUCGCAGUACUCGGACCAGGGUUGCGACGUGUACGGCCUGUACAGCGACCUGAUCUUCGUCAAGGAGGACAUCGAGAACGGAGAAGACCGGAACAUCCUCGACCCGAACUACGACUACCUGCGGCGGAGCGAUCCGGACAUUGCCGCGAUCCCGGCCAAGGUGUCCACCCUUGAUCGCCGCCUCCGGAUGAAGGUGAGCCGACCACGCUCCCUGGACCUGUCCAACUGGUCGAUGGAGUCGCGCUCCUCCAGCGUGUACACCUCGUCCGGCAGUGACGAAAACGUGGGCAGCCGCAGCGGCAGCAAGAACGUGUCCCGCAACAGCUCCAGCGCCAGCCACAAGAUGAACGCGUCCGACCUGGAGCACAUCAACGAGAACGAAGUAACGCCCCACCCCAAGUCGGAACUCACCGUCCCCGCGUCGGCGGCGGCCCCACCCUCCAAAGAACCCGCCGAACCGGCGGAAAAGUUCCCCACCCACACCGGCAAGCGGAAAAAGACCACCUCAAGCAGCGCCAACGGAACGACCAACGCAGCUGGCGGCGGCAGUGGCGAAAACGGUUCCGCACGCCGCACCAUCCUCACCCUGACCGGCGGCCGCGGCUACGUCAACUGGCGGCACAUUUGGGAGCGCGCCGACGGCGCCGCGAAAUCCGCCACCAACUCGCCCCAGAACCACCACCAGCGAACCGGCUCCACGACGUCGCUGGCAGGGCUCGGCCAAACCAACUCGACGGACGCCCACGUGCUCAUCUGGGAGAAGAAGCUCUGAGUAAGAAGGUAAACAAAAACAAGUGGGUUGGCCUACUGCGAUCGUCUUGAGAAAGGAAAAGUGAAAGAGUGUCACGUGACGUGGAGCGUCACGACGCACUUGAUUUAUCCCAGUGUAAAACCUUAUAGGUGAAAAACAAAACAAACUUUUUUAAGAGAGAGAAAAAAACAAUGUGAUAUAAAAAAAUGUUCGUCGACGUCGUCACAGCCAACCAAACUCCUUCCGCACCGGAUCCGGAAGUUAGUGCUUUUCCACACUCACUCACUCACACACAACACAGAAAGAUUUGGAGAAACCCUUAAAAAGUGUAUAAAUAUUUGUUUUUUAAUACUAAAAUAUUUGUCAAAAUUGGCUAACCGCGCAAGCAAAGCAUUAUUCAAACAAAGAGAUUUGUUAGUUGUAUAAAGAGAGAAAGGGUAACCAUUAAAAAAAACCUAAAAUAUAUCAAAAAUAUCAAAGAGAGGUUAUGUAGGCAAACAAAAAAAGAGAUCAUGAAUUUAAACGUUUCUUCCACAAAAUUCUCACCCAACGGUGUCUUUUUUAUCAGCGAUAAGAUGUAUUUAUUGUUACUUUGUAACUUCGAAUAGUUCUACAACACACAAAAAAACUCACAGCCAAAAGAUUUCCACACAAACAAACUUUCCCCCUUGCCCCAAACUUAAAAACAACAAAAAACCUAAAGUCUAGAAACUGCAAAUAAUAGUUUAACGAUUUAAUUUCGCAACGAAACACGCUGAAGAAUUCCUCACCAGCAACAGCGAUGCGGCAAUCUUUCAAACUCGAAGAGAGAAAAAUUGUGGUGCCGGGUUCAGCUAUUUCUCCCUCGAGCAAACAUUUUCCAGUAGCGUUUAAGUUGUGUUUAGAGUUUAGUACAAAACAGAGAAGAAAAAAACGUUGAAAAAAAGCUAAAAUAUUUAGUUUAGGUUUGUACAGGGUCGUAACAACACACACACACACACUAUUGCUGAGAAGAUUGAAUUGUUUGCAGGCGAGUCUGAAUUGUCGAGGAAUUUGUACAGAGUUAAGCACGUUUCGUUUAGAAUUAAGCUAGUUAUCAUUAUUGCGCUAUUUCUACUUGGUAAUUUUUCCUUCCUUUCCUCUUCGAACACAUUUUUGUUAUCACUCGAAUACAUUUUCACAUUUCAAAAAUCUCGUUGAUUUCCUUCAUUCUGACUCAUCUUGUAACAUAAGCAAGUGCUCUAAACUCAUCGCCAUUCCCCGUGACAACUUAUUUUGCACCAAUCUCAUCCGAAAAAAAAAAAAUCAAACGCAUUCUCAAUGGCGCUCAUGCAGUCUCAUAACCGAAAAUUUUACAGAACAAACAAACAUGUUAAUAACAAAAAGUAAACACACAGCAAAUUCACUGGUAACUAUUUGUAAAAAGCGAAAAUAAGAAAACAAAACAAAAAGAA